AUGACGCAUUCGUACACCAUGAAGAGAGUAUCGGUUAUAUCGAUCUCGGAAAAAAUGAAAAUACCGGCCACAAAACCUGAAGCUUCAUUCGGAUGUAGACAUGUGCAAAUCAUCUUAAUGGCGUUAGGCUUCAUGUGCUGCUAUGCAAUUCGAGUUACUACAUCUGUAACAUUGGAGGCGAUGACAAAUGCAGCCACUGCGAAUCCUGAUUAUGAAGAAUUCCCAUGGGAUAAUUCAAUUAAGGACGUAAUUCUGAGCUCCUUCUUCUGGGGUUACGUGUGCACACAAAUUAUUGGGAGCAUAAUAGCACAACAUUGGGGGGCUCAUAAACUAUUUUCGCUCGCUCUGUUUGUCUGCGGCGUGGUUACCCUUUUCGUUCCCGUAGCAGCCACUUAUGGUGGUUGGGGAGCUGUGUGUACUUCAAGAGUUAUCGCAGGGCUUUGUCAAGGCACUGUACUUCCGUGUCUUCAUACAUUACUUUCUAAGUGGGCACCCCUAGAAGAAAGGGGGAGAAUGUCGACUUUUGUUUACGCUGGUGGAUGGAUUGGAAAUGUGAUCUGUCUGCUGAGUUCGGGCCUACUCUCAGUUUCCGCUUUAGGAUGGCCCAGCUGCUUUUACUUCUGGGGCGGAAUAACUAUUAUUUGUGGGGUACUAUUCCUCUUAAUUGGGAAAGAAUCACCAGCGAGACAUCCAAGUAUACCUCAAGAUGAGAAAGAAUAUAUUGAAACUAGUCUGGGGAUAACUGAAACUGAAGAGACACUACCAAUUCCAUGGCGUGCAAUGUUUACUAGCCUUCCAAUGUGGGCACUACUGAUUACACAGUCUGCCCAAAAUUGGGGCUUUUGGAUGCUUUUGACGAAAAUUCCUUCAUACAUGGCAUCUGUCUUGGGCUUUGAUAUUAAACAAAACGGUAUGCUGACGUCAUUACCAUACUUGACGGCAUGGAUUCUUAGUUUUCCGACUAGCUAUUUCUCAGAUCUUCUUAUCACAAAGAAUAUUUUUACGGUUGAAACUUCGAGAAAAGUUUGCAAUUCAAUCGGCCAAUGGAUCCCAGCAAUAGCUCUAAUCGCACUUGGAUAUGUUGAUAAAGGACAUCCUGAAAUUGCAGUAACACUUUUGGUAGUUGCUGUUGCUAGUAAUAUUGCCAGUUACUGCGGUCACAACGUAAACCACAUGGAUCUUAGUCCAAACUUUGCUGGUACUUUGAUGGGGAUUACCAACACGGCUGCAAAUAUUUGCAGUAUUUUAGCUCCUUUGGUUGCAAGCAUCGUUGUUAAGGAUUCGGCGAAUGUGUUGCAGUGGAAGAAUAUAUUCUUCUUGUCAGCUGUAAUAUACAUACUCGGAAAUCUUAUGUUCGUUUUAUUUGGCACAAGCAAGAUUCAGAAGUGGAAUGAUCCCAUUAUAAAAACUAAAGACACUGUUUUGAAAUCCGUAACAGACAUACCAGAAAAAAACAGACAUAUAAAGAAAGCAAAAAGUAUUGAAGGAUCGGAAGUAGAAAAGAACUUAUAGUACG